UGUGUGUGUGCGCGUGUGUGUUGAGUUGAUGUUGGAGUAAUGGGGGCUUAAUCUCUUGUUUGCCCUUACAACAACUGUUCUUUCGUCAUAGAUAUUUCUUCAAUCACCUUCUCCUUCGAUUUAGGGUUUUGACUCUUUUGCUUUCUCUCUAUAGUCUCUGCAACUCUUUGCUCCAUGAUAUUUCACUGAAUUUUACGGAAUAUGAGUUUCAGUUCAUGAUCCUCCUGCUUGGGUUAAUGGGCCUGAGUGGUUGUUUCAUGCCUACCUGAGUCCAUGUUGCACCUAUAGUACUGGUUGGAAAGUUCAUACUGAUACCAGCCGCUAGUCCUGUUGUUUGUUACAGAUGGAUGAUAGUGGGCAUCGUGAGAAUGGGCGUCAUAAGCCACCUCAGGGUCAGUGGUUAAUGCAGCAUCAGCCAUCAAUGAAACAAAUCAUGGCCAUUAUGGCUGAAAGAGAUGCUGCUAUCCAGGAGAGGAAUUUGGCUCUUUCUGAGAAGAAGGCUGCUUUGGCAGAACGAGACAUGGCUAUCCUGCAGAGGGAUUCAGCAAUAGCUGAAAGAAAUAAUGCCAUUAUGGAACGCGAUAAUGCAAUUGCCACUCUUCAGUAUCGCGAAAACUCUAUAAAUAGUGGUAAUAUGUCUCCCUGCCCACCAGGAUGCCAAAUUACACGUGGUGUGAAGCAUAUGCACCAUCCUCAGCAGCACGUACACCACCAGCCCCAAGUAAAUGAACCUCCAUAUGGUAGCAGAGAUAUGCCCAUAAGUGAUGCUAUUCCAAUAUCACCUGGUUUGCUGGAGCCUGCAAAGUCCAGGAGGACAAAACGAACCAAGGAUCCGAAGGCAGUAACAUCAACUAAGAAGGCUUCAAAGUCAUCGAAGAAGGUUAAAAGGGAGGGUGAGGACCUCAACAAAACAAUGUUUGGCAAGUCACAUGAGUGGAAGCCUGGGCAGGAAGUGGGUAGUGGCACUGAUGACCUGAACAGACAACUAGGUGUCUCGAAGCCAGACUGGAAGGAUCAGGACCUGGGUUUGAACCAGGUUGCUUUUGACGAGUCAACCAUGCCAGUGCCUGUGUGCUCCUGCACAGGAGUUCUCAGGCCAUGCUACAAGUGGGGAAAUGGAGGCUGGCAAUCAUCUUGUUGUACCACCAAUUUGUCUAUGUAUCCAUUGCCAGCAGUGCCUAAUAAGCGUCAUGCCAGAAUUGGUGGUCGGAAGAUGAGUGGAAGUGCUUUUAACAAACUGCUGAGUCGCCUAGCAGCAGAAGGCCACGAUCUGUCAAACCCUGUUGACCUUAAAGAGCACUGGGCGAAACAUGGCACAAAUCGCUACAUUACCAUCAAAUAAAUGUAAGUUGAAGUUUAUAGGGGGAAAGGUUGUCAGCCACUACUGACAAUUAUAUAUAUUUGAUUUGGAAUUGUCAGGGGAAAAAUUAUUCGUUUAGUUAACGAAGUAAUUGGAGUUUUCCCUUUUUUAUUGGUGCCAAUCAAUUCUCUCCUUCACCCCUAAUCUUCCCUUUCUGGAUAAUCUGAAGAAUUAAGCUGUCUGCGUCUCCCCUUUUUCCUUUUUGUAAUGUUGGUCGGGGAAAAGAUGCAGGGCUAUUGAAAAGUGAUAGAUAAAUGAGCAUGUGUAUGGGCUGUAUGGGCCAUGGGGUAAGGUUGGACCCUUAUUGCUUGUAACUAGUAUCAAGUGUAGAGAUCCGCUGUAUUUCUCCUGUAUUAAGGUACAUGGUACAUGUUAAUUGUGUUAUUAUUUUCUGUUUA